AUGGCUGCUGGGUACAACUUUCCUACAAUCCAUAGCUGUAAAAGAAAAAAAUUAAUGAAACAAAGUUCAUCUUAAAAUCUAAAAUAAUAUUGGUUAUUACAGGGUUGUUGUUUUUCAAAAGUGCAGACUUGUUUUUCAGUUUGGGGGCAUCUAAAACUAUGAAAAUUGGCUUAUAUAGUUUUUCUCACACUGCUCAACUGCAUACUUAAUAAAAUGUUGAUGCAAAACAAAUGAACAGUGGUUAACACUGAAGCCUAUCUCUUUCUCUAGAAUGCGUAUGAUUGGCGUUUGCACUGCCUUGCUUGGUUCUCUUGACCUGAUGCAUUUUUUUUGGCUUGGCCUGGUCAUGGAGUAUUGCAGUUGCUCUGGGCAUUUACAUUGGCAUUGGUGGCUGGCCAUUGCUCUGGAUCAUCUUUAAAACAGCCUUGAGAGAUCUCCUGUAAGUACCACUUCCUCUUGCAUUGUAAUGUGCUAGUUUGUUGUUUACAUCAAUCAGGGGUGGCCAACGUGGCCCAGAUCUGGCCCCUCACGCCAUGAGAAGUGGCUCACCAGCCCUGAGCAGCUUUAUUUCCUGAUCUGAUCAGGAAAUAAGACAAAAGCGCACAUAGAGGGUUGGGGUUGGGUUAGGGUUGGGGUUAGGGGUUGGGGUUGUCGCUAUUAAAAAAUAUGGGCUAUCAUUAUUUUGUGUGCUCCCCCUCUGGUCAUUCGCGGAACAAUCACCUGCUUCCUUAUGUAUCAGUAAAAAUGGCCAGAGAGUCAGAAUUCAUAAGAUCCUUAACAUUCUUAGUCAUUUCAGCCAUACCAUUUGCAGACAAAAUUUUCUGCCCUUUAUUUACAGGGAUGGUCAAGGCUCAUUCUGCUUGAUUAUGAAUUUGUAUAUGCUUAAACUUUUGAAUAGACUUUGAUUUUUAAAUAAUAGACAAAAUGGUAAAAACUGUUAGAGAAUCACUCAGAUGCUUGAUAUCACCAGCUCUGCUUCAAAAACAUCACGGCUUUCACCUCUCACCUUUUAAAACUUUAUUCUAAACUCUAAAAACCAAUCUUUCCAUCUUUCUGUAUCAAAAGCAAAGCUGGGCUGAACUUCAACUCAUCACCAUACACCAGAAUUUAAAAAUUACCCUCCAAUGCUUUGCAGACACAUCGCCUUCCACACAGCCACAAAUUGGGACAGUUGAAAGGGACCCUGGGGCCAUCUAGUCGAACCCUCCGAAAUAUAGGGUUCACUGCAAGACUUGUACUACCAAAGAGACACACACAUUUAAGUAUAGAUGCACAACUGGGAAAGGAAACACAGCUAUGCUCCUAUCAUGCAACCACACACAUGUACUAAGGAAGAGGAAAAUAAAAGUAUCUAACUUUAUACAGAACCCUUUUAGCAGAUCUUGAAGCUAGUUUGAGUGAGUUUACUUCCUUAGACUAAAGAGUGCAAGUUCCUAGAAAAAAUGAUCUUUAAAGGAAGAUACAAGUGAACAGUUUUCCUAAGAUAAGAUAGGGAGAGAAUCUUUUAUAUAAUUUUAAAAAAUAAUAUUUAUUGAUUUUCCAACCAUUUAAACACAAUAAAACAGAAAAAAAGAAAAAGAAAAAGCAAAGAAAAGAGAAGAAAAAAACAUAAGAUUAACAAAAUAAGACGCAAACCAUUUAAAACACAAAACGAUUUCAAUAUCUUAACUUUCAUUCCCUUAUUUCCACGACCUCCUCACACCUCCCUUUUUGUAUUCCACUUCUAUUAAUUGUUUCAGCAAUUCCUUUCCAUCUUCCUCUGUUUUCUAUCCUAUAAUUAUCUUAACAUAUUCUAAUCUUAUUUUUCCCUUUAAUACUCUAUUAGUCUAUUUAAUUCCUUAUAGCAUUUCUACUAAAGCCAUAUAACUUCAUUCCAACAUUUUUCUAACAUUCAUUAUUUUUACAAUAUUUCUAUAAAUAGUCUUAAACUUUUUCCAGUCUUCUUUCACCGACUCUUCUCCCUGGUCUCGGACUUCUGCCAGUCGUUUCCGCCAAUUCCAUAUAGUCCAUCAACUUCAUCUGCCAUUCUUCCCGGAUAGAUAAAUCUUGUGUCUUCCAGUACUUCACAAUGAGUAUUCUUGCUGCUAUUGUUACAUACGUGAAAAGAGUUCUAUCCUUCUUUAACACCAAUUGGCUGACCAUGCCCAGGAGAAAGGCCUCUGGUUUCUUCAAACAGGUAUAUUUAAAUACCUUUUUCAUUUCAUUAUGAAUCAUCUCCCAAAGUGUCUUAAUCCUUGGGCAUGUCCACCAAAGGUGAACUCUAAUCCUCAAAUUCGUCUGUUUUUCUUUAAGUUCAGUCAUAGCAAGGGCCAACUUAUAUUCAUCAAGUUGCUUCUGUAGGGCUGGGGCUCUCUUGCUCUUUCUCUCCAGUUGUGUUUCUUUACAUUCAGCAACAACAGCUUUUCCCCUGGCCUCCUCCGCAGUUUGCCGUAUCGAAAUAGGUUCCUGUGUCAGCUUCUGGGUAGUUUCUAUAUUAGUAUUAUUUGUACUUUCUAUGUUUAAGUUAGUUUCGUGUCCAUUUUCCUGUGAAGCUGAUCCAAUGAAUCAUUUAUCUUAAAUAAUGCAGCCGCUAGAGCCUCUUCUGUCAACAUUUCUCUUGGUUUUACAUAUACUGGUACAAAGGCUGCAACAAAAAAAGCAGGGGGGCCUGAUGGUAAAGCUCUCUUGGAUUGUUGCCAAGUCCUCCCAGACCUUAAUGUUUUGUCAGCAGUUGACUGGUCUGUUUUUCCUCUUCCAUUAACCAUAACACUUAAAAGAUUCAAGGUCAGUCCCAGAGUCUCACGGUUUUUAACUUGCAGCUGGAAAUUUCCCUAACCCAAAUCUUGUAAAGCAACCGGUUUCAAAGGCUUCCACUAGGGGGAAACAGUUUCUAUUUGUAAUAGUCAAUAGUAUCCUCUUUUAAACAAUCCGAAAAUUAGUUUCAAGUUAGUUUCAAUUUUCAGUUACUUUUACUCCUUUUUAAAGCAGCCGGAAGCAGUAGAAACAAUGUGUUUCUCUUGUUUAACUAGCUGUCAAUGAACGUUCUAAACGCUGUCAAUGAACAUUCCAAAAUACGUCAGUCCUACUAGCAGCCCGUUUCCAGGGUCAGAGCGGCGGUGUUUUAGAUCUCUUCGCUCUCUCCUGCAGGCAUAUUCAGUCCACAACUCCCCCCCCCUCUUCUCCUGCCUCCAAAGGGGGGUUUUGUUCUUUACCGAUGGAAAUUUAAUCUUUUACACAAGACUUUCCGGGACUCCAGCUUGCAACUUCAUUGCCUCAGUCUAUUUACAAAAGGGGGAGGCGGACUUCCUGUUUUGAACCUCGCCGCUUCGAUACCAAAUUAUACUUUUAAAAAUCCAAUUCUCCCGUUUCAGCUCUACUCAUGGGUAAUUACUUUAAAGUCAAAUUGUCCACAGGAAAAAGUCAGCACUCUCCGGCAACAGCUGUGCGGCUUCGCUCCGUGGAAGAAGCAGACGAUUCGAAGCACCGCGCCACUCACCCCACGUCGCUCUGGAGCCCCGAAAAUGGGUUUCCCCACGAGUAGGGGAGGCGCAGAAGGUGCCCGCCGAAUCCCACAUUCACAGGCUUCUCCCGCCUGUGAUUUUUACGGGUCUCCGCCUUCGUCGUGGUGGCCAGACCCAAUUUCCCACGGGGCAAAGGGAGAGAAUCUUUUAUAAAGCAUAGGGUUAAUUCAAUUGAUAUAACCACUCACAAAUAAUAAAACAUCCAUAGAUUUGAUUUAAAAGGAAUACAAAAGUGAACAAUUUUUCCUAAACUUGCAUAGGAAUAGUAAGCCUAUUUUAGGAAAGUGAGAUGCGGGGUACCUUUAGCAAAGAUUCCCCCCCCCCCUUUUUUUGCAGUUUCCUUGUUAAAGGAAGCUUAGGUAAAGGUAAAGGUAAAGGUACCCCUACCCGUACGGGCCAGUCGUGUCCGACUAUGGGGUUGUGUACUCAUCUUGCUUAAGAGGCCGGGAGCCAGCGCUGUCCGAAGACACUUCCGGGUCACGUGGCCAGCGUGACGAAGCUGCUCUGGCGAGCCAGCACCAGCGCAGCGCACGGAAACACUGUUACCUUCCCGCUAUAAAGUGGUACCUAUUUAUCCACUUGCACUUGGGGGUGCUUUCGAACUGCUAGGUGGGCAGGAGCUGGGACCGGACGACGGGAGCUCACUCCACCACAGGGAUUCGAACCGCCGGCCAUGUGAUCGGCAAGUCCUAGGCACUGAGGUUUUACCCACAGCGCCACCCGCGUCCCACAAAGGAAGCUUACUCGGGAGUAAAUUUACCUGGCACAGAAGUAAGAAGGGGAAAAAACAAAGCGACUGAAACGAGGGGGGCAUUUAAAACUGGACAGAUAGACAAUUGCUGGCUAUGGAAGCUUCUACUUUUAAUAACAUUUUUCUUAGAAGGAACACCAUAUUCUCAUAGUCAUUUAGUCAUAAUACCUCCAAGGAUUCCUCGGAACAACAACACUUUUCUCUCAGAAGGAGACCUACCUAAGGCUUAAUGAAAUACAGGGAGACUCUACAGACACUGCAUUUUAGCUUACGAGAGCAUUUUGUGCUCAACUAGGCUGGUUGCAGCAGAAACAUUAGACUAACUUCACAGCACAUUCCAAAGUAGACUGGAACACGGCUGUAGACUCACAAACUCAAAAGUUGCAACAAAACAUCAUUUACCAUCACUUAAAAUCACCCUCCUCACUUAAGCUAUAGAGGGAAGGGGGGUAAUCUUCCUCUCAGAACACAAGCAAGAACAUAUGCAGGAUUUUUUCUUUUCUUUCUACCACUUGGAGGAAGACUCUCUUUUGGGGCCUCUCUCAAAUAACAAACAUUUGCACACCUAAUUCUCAUAUUUGUCAUGUUUAAGAUUGAUGACCCAACAUGGCUUCCUUAGAUUAAAAUUUUGAAGCAAGCUUGCAAUUUAUUUAUUUUUAGAUGGCACAUUUAAGAUAAGCAGCUGCUGGAUGUUACCUAAGGCCAAUUUAAACACAGGAAAAAUGUUUCUUAAACACAAAUUGAAGGGGACUCUCAGAGUCCAGGCGGGAAGUAAGCACCAACUGGGCUUCUUUCCCAUCAGGAGUCUGUGGGUUAAUUUCUUUUGAAUGAGGCGCACCCAUUUUAAGAAUUUAAUAGCGCUAGCUUUUACUUUUAUACUGCAGUUGGGGUUUUAUUCCCACUUUUUCAGGAAGCACAAUAAAUAACCCACAGUAGACUCCGAGGAUGAGUACUGUGACACACUGCCUUUCGUCUGGCCUGACUUACUAGGCUGGUACAGCUGUUGGCCUUCCUGGCUACUAAGCUAACAGUGCAGUCAGUGAUCUCAAACCCCCAUAGUGGUCAUUAAAUCAGCCGGGGAGCCCACAGCAACCUCCUGCCUCUUAUAAUCUAAAAUCAGAGUUCCCUACUGGACGCUUGCACAGUGCAGUGCCAAAUCAGGACUCAGAAAUGAAAGGAAGGAAAGGAAUCAGGUGCCCUUGCGUUCUCUGGCUCAAAGGGGAAGAGACUCACAAGACCCUCCUGGGCAACUCCGAUGGAUUCGGGUCUUGUGGUGAAAAUUAUGUGAUGGAAUAAGGGAGGGAGAAAGUUUAGAUUUGAAGGAAAAAGGAAUCAUAGAAUCAUAGAGUUGGAAGAGACCACAAGGGCCAUCAGGUCCAACCCCCUGCCAAGCAGGAAACACCAUCAGAGCACUCCUGACAUAUGGUUGUCAAGCCUCUGCUUAAAGACCUCCAAAGAAGGAGACUCCACCACACUCCUUGGCAGCAAAUUCCACUGUCAGACAGCUCUUACUGUCAGGAAGUUCUUCCUAAUGUUUAGGUGGAAUCUUCUUUCUUGUAGUUUGGAUCCAUUGCUCCGUGUCCGCUUCUCUGGAGCAGCAGAAAACAACCUUUCUCCCUCCUCUAUGUGACAUCCUUUUAUAUAUUUGAACAUGGCUAUCAUAUCACCCCUUAACCUCCUCUUCUCCAGGCUAAACAUGCCCAGCUCCUUAGCCGUUCCUCAUAAGGCAUCGUUUCCAGGCCUUUGACCAUUUUGGUUGCCCUCCUCUGGACACGUUCCAGUUUGUCAGUGUCCUUCUUGAACUGUGGUGCCCAGAACUGGACACAGUACUCCAGGUGAGGUCUGACCAGAGCAGAAUACAGUGGCACUAUUACUUCCCUUGAUCUAGAUGCUAUACUCCUAUUGAUGCAGCCCAGAAUUGCAUUGGCUUUUUAGCUGCUGCGUCACACUGUUGGCUCAUGUCAAGUUUGUGGUCAGCCAAGACUCCUAGAUCCUUUUCACAUGUACUGCUCUCAAGCCAGGUGUCACCCAUCUUGUAUUUGUGCCUCUCAUUUUUUUUGCCCAAGUACAAUACUUUACAUUUCUCCCUGUUAAAAUUCAUCUUGUUUGUUUUUGCCCAGUUCUCUAAUCUGUCAAGGUCGUUUUGAAGUGUGACCCUGUCCUCUGGGGUGUUAGCUUUUAUUUCACUGAAAAUUAUCUUUAGGCAUAAAAAGAGCAUAAUAGCCUGUAACUGACUGUAAUCAAUCAAUUAUAUCACUGCAAUCAGACCAGUCUUACUGGACGCAGAUGUAGCUUGUCUGAUCCAUGACAUGAAAACCAAGCCUGAACAAAAGUUCAAGAUCCUCUGAUAGUUGAAAAAUGCAUUAACUGCUUGUGAUGAAGCUGUUUUCCUCUUAAUUGUUCACUUAUCCGUCCAACUACCAGUUGGAGAGAAAGGGUGGGCUCCCACCGGCUCUUCUGUUUCUUUCCCUGCCUGCUUUUUUAAGCAGGAAAGGAAAAGAACACUCGGACCACAGCACAAAAGAAAGGCCAUUUGCAUUUGAACUUGAGAGAUCCCCCCCCCCCAUUCUUGCAUAUUGUGGGCACACUGAUUCUGGAUUAGUUGGCUUUCCCCAAACUACAUACAGUAUCUGGGUAUCCUCAUACAUUUAGGUGAGAGGGGGAGGUGAUUUAAUCAAAGCCAGCAUAUAGAGGGGGAGAUAGGGUUGGGGCAAAUUUUCCAGCUGCCCGUAGAGAGAGCUUGCAGUGAUGAGAACAACCCCCCCCCCCCGCUUCCUAGCUGCCUUUUCUCAUCCGUCUCAUGUUGCUAUCUUGUUUUAAGAGUCUGUUACUUCUUUUACAGCCCCCCCUUUUUUCUGCUGCAUUUUCAAGCCAGCAAGGGGACGGGGGAAGAACCACACUAAUCUAGGCUGGUCUCUCUACUUUUGAAAGCCAGCAGCCUGCCCAUUUAUCUGGGCUUUGUUUUUGUUUUCUAAAUCGGGCAGGUGUUUUUUACUGCAAAUUUUAAGUCUCAGCCACACUGAUCUCCCCACUCUUUUCAUAAUUUCUUCUAGGCUGGGGAAUUUUCCAAUUACCCACCCACCUAUCUCUCAAUGAGGGAUAUAGUGAUGUGAUGGGGGAAGUCGUGGGACAGCCCCCGUACUUGAGGCCCCCCUUUCUCCCUUCUCACAGCCAUGCUGGAAGUUUGGCAGCUGUCUUUUUGCUCAUUCUGGACUGGUCUCGGCAAACCUGCCUUUUUCUUUCCCCUUCUCUCCUCAGCUGUAGAAAGGAAAGGGAGGGGGGGAAAGCUGUUUCGUUCCCUCAACACAGGUAUUAUAAGGCUUAAAGUUUUUAACCAUCAAUCUUGGUUGCUUAUAGCAGCCACAUUUGGUAAGGGAUUCUAAUCAUUCAAAUUCAAGGGAUCUAGUAAUUCCAAUUUCUGCUGGUUUUUUUUUUUUAAAUGAUAUUUAUUAAGGUUUCAAUAAAAGAUUAAACAGAAAAACAUAAAAGAGAAAUACACAAUUCAAAAAUGCACAAUACAUAAUCCAAAAAAGAAAAAAAGAACAAAAAACAAAAGACAAAAAAGAAAAAGAACAGUUAAAAACAAUAUCACCUUUUCAUUUCCAUCUUUAAAUUUACUUAUUUUCUGGACCUCAUACCUCCCUCUUUUGUAUUCCAGUUCAAAUUGUUUGUCCAGCAAUUUCUUUCCCUUUUUUUAAUCCCAAUCUUUAGUCUUAAUAUAAUAUAACAUUAAAAUUUAGCUCUUAAAAAACCAAAUUUCCAUUUCCUUAAACUUUUUAAAUCCUAAUCCUUACUCUUGAUCUAUCUAUAACUUUAAAUCUUGUACAGCUGGAAGCCACUUAUUUUCAAUCCAACAUCACUCUAACAUUCUUUAAUUUUGCAAUGCUUCUGCAGAUAGUCUUUGAAUUUCUUCCAAUCUUCCUCCACCAACUCUUCUCCCUGGUCACGGAUUCUACCAGUCAUUUCCGCCAGUUCCAUAUAGUCCAUCAGUUUCAUCUGCCAUUCCUCCAGUGUGGGAAGUUCUUGUGUCUUCCAGUACUUUGCAAUGAGUAUUCUUGCUGCUGUUGUUGCAUACAUAAAGAAAGUUCUAUCCUAUUUUAUCACCAUUUGGCCGACUAUGCCCAGGAGAAAGGCCUCUGGUUUCUUGGGGAAGGUAUAUUUGAAUACCUUUUUUAAUUCAUUAUAUAUCAUUUCCCAGAAAGCCUUAAUCUUUGGGCACGUCCAAUUUCUGCUGGUUUUGGUGGGUAUUCCCCUUCUACCUUUUAACUGCUUGCUGGCCUUUUUCUUCAGCUUUGCAGGAUUAAUUUGAAAGGAUUCAUGGAACUUUUCUGCAGGACUUCUUCUAGUCUUCAAGAAAUACCUAUGCUAUGCUAGCCUCAUUUUUUCAAUUUUUAUUAAACUUUUUCCACAUGUACCUUUCCAACAAUUUUAAUGCAGCUUAUAAAGACAAGAGCUGUCUCAAAAAUGUGGGUCAUCUUUUCUUUUCUUCCGGGUUGGCGCCUCCGGCAAUGGCGGAGCUCCUCCGAUCGGGAGGAACUAGCUCCGUGAAAACCAGGGUCUGACCGCCACGGCAAAGGCGGAGACCCACUGAAAUCACAAGUGGGAGAAGCUUGUGAACUUGGGAUCCUCGCGGGGAAACCUGGUUUCGGGGAUCCGGAGCGACGGGUGAGUGGCGCGGUGCUUCGAAUCGACUGCUUUUUUCGCGGAGUGAAGCCGCAUUGCUGUUGCCGGAGAGUGCUGACUUUUUCCUGUGGACAACUGGACUUUAAACAACUACCCGUGAGUAGAACGUAAAAUUGGAUCUUCAAAUAAUUUAAUUUGGCACCGAAACGGGGAAGGUUUUAAACAGGAAGUCCGCCUUCCCCUUUUUUUGUAAAUAGAUUGAAGCAAAGACGUAAUAAGCUAAAGUCUUUGGAAGCUUUUGGCAAAGGAUUGAAUUUUCAUCGGUUAAAGUUACAACCCCCCCCCCGGAAGCUGGAGAAGGGGGGGGUUGGACUUAGCGAGCCUGCAGGAGGGAGUGAAAAAUCAAAUUAUCACUGCUCCGAACCUGGAAAAGGGCUGCCAGAAAAAGGGAAAUUUUGGGAGAGUUCAUUGACUUUGAACAGAACAUUUUUGACAACUAAUAUAAGAGAAAGAUACUGUUUCCAUUGUCCUCUUCUGCGUUUAAAAAAGAGGAAAAGUAACUGGAAAGUGAAACUAUUUUUAUGGUCUGAAUUGUGCUUGAAAGGAUUGAUACAAGUGGAGACUGUUUCCCUCUAGAGGGAGUUUUGAAACUGUCACAGGACUGCACCAGCUGUAUGAUAAGUAAGUGUGAGAACUAGAGUUUGACCUUGGACCACUCAAAAUGUUGAUAGGAGAAACCAUUGUGACGGUGUUAUGUAAGAUAAACUAUUCGCUGGAACAGCUCCAUAAGAAGACAGAUGACACUUCUUUUAAAAUUGACAAUUUGGACCAAAAAGUAACUAAUUGGAGUAAAAAAGUGAGCAUUAAUACAGGAACAAUUCAGGACUUGGCACAAGAAACUACUUUGGUUGGACAGAUUGCGGAGGAGAAAGAGAAAGCUGUGGUGGCUGAGCCUAAAGUAAUACAAGUGGGAUUUUCAGCCACACAGAAGCAAAUUGAGGACUACAAAUUGAGGCCUUCUACGAUUGAAUCUAGAAAAAGUCAGAUUUUGAAGAUUGGAUCCCGGCUUGGAUGGAAGAAGAAAGUUGGAAAGAUCCUUCUAUGCAGGGAUUGACUGACUUUUGGGACAUGGACGGGUUUGGAGGAGACUGGAGUUUUGGGGGCCUUGGGACUUGGAGGAAUAUUGAAAUAUGUCAUGAAACAUCUUAUAGACCUCAGCCUUAACUAUGGAAAUUUGGCUGACUUGUCCGGAAGGAAUAAAAGUAUUGCUAGGUUGGAGUUUUCUCGAGAUUUGCUUUUUGGCACUAAAGAAUAUGAAGAAGACCUGCAGAAGGGACCUGGAAAAGACUUAAGAGCCUCAAACAUAAGAUCUCCAGGUUGAUGGACUAUAUGGAUUUGACGGAAAGGACUGGCAGAAUCCGAAACCAGGGAGAGGAGAUGGUGGAUGAAGAUUAGAGAUUUUAAAGUUUAUAUAUAGAAAUAUUGCAAAAUUAAUGAAUGAUAGAAAAAUGGUGGAAAGAAAUUUUAUGGCUUUAGUAGAAAUGUUAUAAGGAGUUAAGGAUAUAUGAGUAUUUAGUUUUUAAUGAUAAAAAAUUUGUUAAGAUAUUUAUAAUAAGACAGAAAAUAGAGAAAGAUGGGAAGGGUUUGCUGAAAAAAUUAAUAGAAGUGGAAUACAAAAAGGGAGGUGAGAGGAAGUAGAGGAAACAAGGGAAUGAAAAAUAGAGUAUGGAAGGUGUGAUUUAUGUUUUUAAAUGGUGAUUGUUUUGUUUUGUUUAGGGUUAGGGUUUUGUUUUGUUCAAUGUGAUUAGGUGGUGUUUUGUAUUGUUUUGUAUUGUAUUGUUCUUUUUUUCCCUUUCUUUGUUCUUUCUCUUUUUUUUCUUUUCUUUUCCUUUUCUGUAAUUUUUAAAAGUAAUAAAUAUUAUUUUUUUUAAAAAAAAAAUCUUUUCUUUUCUUUUGCGUUUCCUGUGAUCAUAGUGGAACUUUCAGCCGCUUCCUUAUUUAUGGACAAAAUGACAAGAGGUCAGGAUUCAUAAAUUUUGAUUAUUUCGGCCAUGAGCAAAUUAAAUUCUUGCCCUCUUUAUGCACAGAGAAUUGCCCAAAAGCUCAUAAGAUUUCAUUUCGGCCAAGAGAAGACUAAACUCCCUGUCCCUCUUAUGUACAAGAAACGGCCAAGGCCUGUAAAAUUUCAUCUUCUUUUUUUUCAAUAAUUCUUGCCUUUUACCUUCAGCAAAAUUUUUGCCCCCUUAUUUACAGGUUCAGAAGGUUUUCAGGCUUAUUUAUCCUAAUCAUGAAUUGUAUGGGCUUAGACUUUUAAUUGGGCCUUAAGCUUUCAGAUGUCUACGGUAGUGAACCAGGUCAGCAUUGUCCUCUUCUCACUAUCCCUCUCUCAACUUGCAUAUACCUUCUGGGUAUAUGCAUAUACCAGCUGACAUUCAUCUCAGCAACCUUCAAUUCAACAAGCCCUUAUUACUUUUGCCCUCUUGAAACAGAUUCUCUGGCCUUUCCUGCUUCCUUCUCUUUAGUCUCCUACCUUCCUGCCUUUUGCAACUCCAAUACUGCCUGUCCACAAGAACCAACAUCCUCUACACACUCGAAAAAUGGGGCUUAUAGGGAAAAGUGGCAUCUAUCCUUUGUUGAAAUUUUGUAAUUUAUGGUGGCAUUAAUUUUUCUACCAAUUUUGGACUUUCUGAAUGAGGCAAUCCCUUUUUCAUUACCAUGAAUUGAGCAUAGGGGGAAGAAUUCUCUCCUCCGGUACCAAAGAGGAUUGACUACCCCCCCCCCUUAGCUCUUUGAGGGCUUAUUUAGCAUUACCAAUUAUUUGCAAGCCAAAUUAAUUUGCAUCCUGCCUUUCAAGCCAAUUUAAGAGCAAUUCCAUGCAAUAAAUCAAUAUGAUUUUAAAACAUGACUUUUAAAAUGAAAAACCCACAUCAAAUUCAACAAUUAUUUGAACAAUAUGGAAUAACAUUAUCUUUCAACAUGUAGCGGAAUAAAACAGAAACCGCUUCUUCAGCAAACUUCAAUGUGUAAGCAGAUAUUGGAAGAUGGUAAAAGAAGAAGACAAAUUCUGCUCCACCAACCACAGGCACUUUUACUCUGCAUUUUGCUUAAUAAAGUAUGUUUCACCUCUCAGAUAUUCUUACUCAUCCUCAAACAAUUUUUGAGCAUGCUCUUUGCAGGUCCCUGUUGACCUGUACAACCUUUACCAGUAACCUAAGGGCAUACGCUUCUCACGGGCCCUGUUGCUGUGAUCCUGAGUUGCCCUUGGAAGCUUGAUCAAGGCUUCCUUCUCUGGGGUUGUCCAGAGGCCUAUAACUAAUACCGGUAUUUUUUAAAACACUCAUACUGUUAAAUUCUCUCUCUCUCUCUCUCUCUCUCUCUCCCCCCCCACACACACACACACAUUAUACACACACAUUAUAUGUAAUUCCCUUUCUCCUGCUACUGCAGGGGCCCUUUGGACCUUACUCCUGUCAUGGUCUUUUUCCUGGAACCCGUUGCCUUUAAAGUGUGGCCUCCCGGCGCCAGGAACGGGGAAGGAUGACUCUCUUCGGAAAUCCCCGAAGUGUGCGCUUGAGUCAGGAUUCGCUUCCUCAGCUAAUAAGAAUGAUGCCGAAUAAAAUAAAUUCAGAUACAAUCAAUGAGACGAUAUACCAAAACAAACAAUAAUACUUCACCAAAGAAGAGGUCUGAGAGGGUACCUAGGCUACAAAUGGUUCAGCUUUCACUAAGUAGUGUAAUUAGCUGAUACUGUUUAGUUAGUACAAAGUUGCAUGAUAAAGACCUCCAGCAGGUGAAUUAGAUGACAUCUAGAUUUCAAGGUACAGUGGUGCCUCGCAAGACGAAAUUAAUCCGUUCCGCGAGAGUCUUCGUCUAGCGGUUUUUUCGUCUUGCGAAGCAACCCUAUUAGCGGCUUAACGGAUUAGCGCUAUUAGCGGUUUAGCGGCUAUUAAAGGCUUAAAGGCUUAGGGGAUUAGCUGCUAAAAGGCUAUUAAAGGCUAUUAAAGGCUUAGCAGAUUAGAUUAAGGGGGGGGAAAGCGAAAAAAAAAUCUCUAGACUCGCAAGACAUUUUCGUCUUGCGAAGCAAGCCCAUAGGGGAAUUCGUCCUGCGAAGCAACUCCAAAACGGAAAACCCUUUCGUCUAGCGGUUUUUCCGUCUUGCGAGGCAUUCGUCUUGCGGGGCACCACUGUACAGCACCUAAUACACACAACACCAGCAAUACAGAUAACAGCAACACUUACAACUGCAAACCCAAACCUGGAAUUACACAAAACAAUUUACGUCUAGUUCAGUGUUUAAACCUUUGGGGUGUAAGGAUUUAAAAAAGGAAAAUCAACCUGGCUUCUUGCUGAUGUAACAGUUUGACAAAGUCCCUCCUCGUCCCAGGUUUAAUUUUUGUGCUAGCAAUAUCCUGGCCACAGUUGUAGCAUACAUGAAAUGUUUUUUCUUUUCUUUUGGCAAAUCUUGACCUGAAAUGCCUAGCAAAGAAGCAUCUGGAUUUUUCACAAAGGUUAUCUUAAAUAUUUUUUUCAAUUCAUUAGAAAUUAUUUCCCAAUACUUUUAAAUUAAUUUACAAUUCCACCACAUAUGAAAGAAUGUACCCUCUUUUUCUUUACAUUUCCAACACUUAUUGGAGCCUGUUUUGAACAUUUUUGCCAUCUUCACAGGUGUAAUAUACCAUCUAUACAUCAUUUUCAUAUAAUUCUCUUUUAGCAGUACAUAGUGAAUUUUAAAUUCACUUUCCAUAACUUUUCCCAGUCUUCCAUUUGUAUGUUGUGUCCAAUAUCUUGUGCCCCACUUAAUCAUUACACUUUUCACCUCAUCUUUAGUUUCCUAAUCUAAUAAUAAAUUAUACAUUUUCUUUAGGAGUUUGGUGUUCUCAUCUAUAAUUUUUUUUGGAAUCUAGCUAUGGUGCAGCUGAAUCCUUUUGUUAUCUUCUUUUUAAAUCUCAUUUAUUUGAUGAUGUUGCACCCAAUCAUAAACAUCAUCUUUUAUUUCAUUAAACUCCUUGAGUUUUAAUUUCCCUUCUCUCUCUUCUAGUAGAUCCCUAUAUGCAGGCCAUUCUCUUUCCCUAUUUAAUCUUUUUAAUUGGGAUACCAACCAUUGAGUCUUUUGUUCUAAUAGAUAUUUCCCCCAUACUUUUAAGAGUGAUGUCCUAAUUGUGUGGUUAUGAAACCCUUUAUGUACCUUCCCUUUAUUAUACCAUAGAUAUGCAUGCCAUCCAAAUCUGUUAUCAUGUCCUUCCAGAUCUAACAAAUCUGUAUUUUUUAAUUUGAUCCAAUCCCGGAGCCAAGUAAACACAAACCGCUUCAUAAUAAAGUUUAAAAUCUGGAAGGGAGAAUCCUGCUCUGUCUAUGUCUGUAUUGUAUAUUUUAUACUUGGUUGCUUCCCUUUCCAGAUGAAUUUUGAAACAUCUUUUUGCCAUUUUUGAAAGCAUAUUGUGCUACUUAUAACUGGAAUUGUCUGGAAUAGAAACAACAUUUUUGGCAAUGUGUUCAUCUUGAUUGCCGCAAUUCUUCCCAAUAAUGAUAAAUUUAUCCUACUCCAUAUUUCUAGAUUCCUUUUUAUUCCAUUCCAGAUUUUUUCAUAAUUAUCUUUAUAAAUAUUAAUACUUCUAAUGGAGAUACCCACCAAAGGGGGAGGGCGGCUCUUUUCAAGUUUGUCUAGAUCACCAAUUGGUAGAACAGUGUGAUAGAUGGGUUGGAAUUAGGUGGAACGAAGGAAGAUUUGUGUUUAAACUGCUGUAACGGCUGAUCAUUAGAUCCAAUUGAAACAACACGCAAACGUAAUAGGCUGUAUAAUAACAAUUGCAGAGUCAUUUACUAGACACUACUAGGGACAUAACAUAUUAAAAUGUAGCUUAUUUGGUGAGUUCUUUUUGCUGAGUUGCUCUUCUGAUCCUUUCUUGCUCUCAUCCUUUCUUGCAGGAUGGCUUUUUUUCUAAAGAAAAAAGAAAAAAAAAUUUACCCAGAUGAAGAGGACCCUGCAGGCAGUAUGCUGCCGGCAUUGGUGAAGCCUUCACAAUCAGCUGCAGAGGCCAGGAGGAAAACUCAGGCCCCACCAGUAGUCUUGCCAGGGUUGGUACAGCCGCAGACCAGCACUCUUCAUCCGGUCAGCAGCAGGCAAGACUCGAGGCAGCAGCGGCCCUUGUCCCUGGCUCAAAAAGAAGAGCCUCGAGGACUCUGGGCCAGCGUUCCCAGGUGAGUAGGCAGAACCAGAUCCCUUUUGGGUUUUCCUUGGCAAGGCCUGCAUCAUACAAGGCCGGGGUCUCUCUUGGUUUCCUUGAUGGCUGGGUGCAAGUCCCCCCCACCUCACCCCUCCUUUUUAAGAGGCAUGUAACAUGGAGCAGGGACUUCCGGGUGGCUGCCCCUGUUCUGCAUUGCUGGGGGUUGGACUAGGUGACCCCACAGGUCCCUUUAGAUGCUACAGUUCUAUUAUCCCUGUUCAGAUAUGGCAUGCACCCGCUCAUUGCAACAGUUGAGAAGCCCCCUGACAAAGAACUUGCCAUCUUUUCUCGUGUAUAACACGAGGUUUUUUACCCCAAAAAUCAUGUGUCAAAUUGGGGCUCCUCUACUACAUGGGUAGUGCUGAGGGGCCACGGGUGCUUGGUUGUAGCCACUAGGAGGAGAUUUACAGCCAUGAUUUCUUUGCUGUGGAAAGGGCUGUUGUCGAUUGGCUGCUGCUGUGGCAAUCGGGCAGACGAUAGGUGACUUGGUGGUUGAUGCAUGCAAUUUGAUUAAUGGCUCCCCCCCCCAAAAAAAGCUCUGGGCAACCCCUCCCCCAAAAAGCUUAACAAGUCUUGGCAAUCUUCCCCCCAUUUUCUAAAUUUUGAGUACCCAAAAAUAGGGGGCGUCUUAUACAUGGGGGUGUGUUAUACAUGGAAAAAUACAGUACCUUUGCCUCUCGUCUGCCUCAUUUACUCAUCUCUCUUUCUCUCUUUGUCAAGAACUCUCAGAUGA